AUCACUUUCAUGAAUUCAAAGGCAAUUUACCAGUGAUUUCUGGGUGCUGGGGCUGAUUUUUUUUUUGCGUAUUUACAUUCUAUACCUUCUGAUGAGGAAAGGAAAAUGCUUCAAGAAGGACUUUGUGACCUCUCAUCACUUUGUAUAAGAGCCCAGGGCAUGAACUGAAACCGAGAAGCCGACAAUAUUAAUAAUUCAGCAUUUGGCAGUAUUGUGGAUAUUAACGCAUUUGUAGUUCACCUUGACAAACCUUGGCCCAAUCACAUUCGAAAAUGAAUUUAGUCAUCUCAUUUUAGUCUCUGAAGAAUGUCUUCCAAGCAAGCCACUUCUCCAUUUGUCUGUUCAGCUGAUGGAGAGGAAGCGAUGACCCAAGAUUUGACCUCAAGGGAGAAGGAAGAGGGCAGUGAUCAACAUGUGGCCUCCCAUCUGCCUCUGCACCCCAUAAUGCACAACAAACCUCACUCUGAGGAGCUACCAACACUUGUCAAUACCAUUCAACAAGAUGCUGACUGGGACAGCGUUCUGUCAUCUCAGCAAAGAAUGGAGUCAGAGAAUAAUAAGUUAUGUUCCCUAUAUUCCUUCCGAAAUACCUCUACCUCACCACAUAAGCCUGACGAAGGGAGUCGGGACCGCGAGAUAAUGACCAGUGUUACUUUUGGAACCCCAGAACGCCGCAAAGGGAGCCUUGCCGAUGUGGUGGACACACUGAAACAGAAGAAGCUGGAGGAAAUGACUCGGACUGAACAAGAGGGCUUUUUGGAAAAGCUGAUACUAAAGUUUCCCCACUGGAGGCCAAUGUUCCCUGCUGAGAAAUAUGCAGAAUAUGAUGUUGUCAGUGAGAGAGAAGUGAAGACUCAUGGCCCUAGAGGAACACACUUUCUUGAUCCUGCAGCAGACGGUACAUCUGGGUGGACGUGCUCUGUUCUGCAGGGUUUGAAGAAAUUGGGUAUGCCUGAAGACAACUUUCUGAAUGAAGGCCAGUCCUGGGAAAUAAUGCACCCUUGGGAAAGUUCACUGCACUUCUGCCUUUUCUCUACCCCUUCUCCUGAACAUUUUUCAGAGCCUAGCACAUUGCCUGAGACACAUGAGCUGAUCAGUAAAUAUCUGUUGGAUUCCUCCUGCAUGGAAAAACUACUUUCAAAAGAUUGGAAGGAAAAAAUGGAAAGACUAAAUACCAGUGAACUUCUUGGAGAAAUUAAAGGUACACCUGAGAGCCUGGCAGAAAAAGAGCGGCAGCUCUCGACCAUGAUUACCCAGCUGAUCAGUUUACGGGAGCAGCUCCUGGCAGCGCACGACGAACAGAAAAAACUGGCAGCGUCACAAAUUGAGAAACAACGGCAGCAAAUGGACCUUGCUCGCCAACAGCAAGAACAGAUUGCAAGACAACAGCAGCAACUUCUGCAACAGCAGCACAAAAUUAAUCUCCUGCAGCAACAGAUCCAGCAGGUUCAGGGUCACAUGCCUCCGCUCAUGAUCCCAAUUUUCCCACAUGACCAGCGGACCCUGGCAGCUGCUGCUGCCGCCCAACAGGGAUUCCUCUUCCCCCCUGGAAUAACAUACAAACCAGGUGAUAACUACCCCGUACAGUUCAUUCCAUCAACAAUGGCAGCUGCUGCCGCUUCUGGACUCAGCCCUUUACAGCUCCAGAAGGGUCAUGUCUCCCACCCACAAAUUAACCCAAGGCUAAAGGGCCUAAGUGACCGUUUUGGCAGGAGUUUGGACACUUUUGAACAUGGUGGUGGCCACUCUUACAACCACAAACAGAUUGAGCAGCUCUAUGCCGCUCAGCUGGCCAGCAUGCAGGUGUCACCUGGAGCAAAGAUGCCAUCCACUCCACAGCCACCAAACACAGCAGGGGCAGUCUCACCUACUGGGAUAAAAAAUGAAAAGAGAGGGACCAGCCCUGUAACUCAAGUUAAGGAUGAAGCAGCAGCACAGCCGCUGAAUCUCUCAUCCAGACCCAAGACAGCCGAGCCCGUGAAGUCCCCAACCUCUCCCACCCAGAGCCUCUUCCCAGCCAGCAAAACCAGCCCUGUCAACCUGCCCAACAAAAGCAGCAUCCCCAGCCCCAUCGGAGGAAGCCUGGGAAGGGGAUCCUCUUUAGGUAAAUGGAAAGGUCAACACCAGGAAGAGACUUAUGAAUUAGAUAUCCUGUCCAGUCUCAACUCCCCCGCCCUGUUUGGGGAUCAGGACACCGUGAUGAAAGCCAUUCAGGAGGCUCGGAAGAUGCGAGAGCAGAUCCAGCGGGAGCAACAGCAGCAGCAGCCACAUGGUGUUGACGGGAAACUGUCCUCCAUGAAUAACAUGGGGCUAAACAACUGCAGGAGUGAAAAGGAAAGAACGCGCUUUGAGAAUUUGGGGCCCCAGUUAACAGGCAAGUCAAGUGAAGAUGGAAAGCUGGGCCCGGGUGUCAUCGAUCUUACUCGGCCAGAAGAUGCAGAGGGAAGUAAAGCCAUGAAUGGCUCUGCAGCUAAACUACAGCAGUAUUAUUGUUGGCCAACAGGAGGUGCCACUGUGGCUGAAGCACGAGUCUACAGGGAUGCCCGCGGCCGGGCCAGCAGCGAGCCACACAUCAAGCGACCAAUGAAUGCAUUCAUGGUUUGGGCGAAGGACGAGAGGAGGAAAAUCCUUCAGGCCUUCCCUGACAUGCAUAACUCCAACAUUAGCAAAAUCUUAGGGUCUCGCUGGAAAUCCAUGUCCAACCAAGAGAAGCAACCUUAUUAUGAAGAGCAGGCCCGGCUAAGCAAAAUCCACUUAGAGAAGUACCCGAACUAUAAAUACAAACCUCGACCGAAGCGCACCUGCAUUGUUGACGGCAAGAAGCUCCGGAUCGGGGAGUAUAAGCAACUGAUGAGGUCUCGGAGACAGGAGAUGAGGCAGUUCUUUACCGUGGGGCAACAGCCUCAGAUUCCAAUCACCACAGGAACAGGUGUUGUGUAUCCUGGUGCUAUUACUAUGGCAACGACCACACCAUCACCUCAGAUGACAUCUGACUGCUCUAGCACCUCCGCCAGCCCAGAGCCCAGCCUCCCGGUCAUCCAGAGCACUUACGGCAUGAAGACGGACGGCGGCAGCCUCGCUGGCAACGAAAUGAUCAAUGGAGAGGAUGAGAUGGAAAUGUAUGACGACUAUGAAGAUGACCCCAAAUCAGACUAUAGCAGCGAAAAUGAAGCCCCAGAAGCUGUCAGUGCCAACUGAGGAGUGUUUGUUUGCUGAAUUAAAGUACUCUGACAUUUCACCUCCCCUCCCCCAACAAGAGUUCUUAAAGAGCCCGCAUGCAUUUGUGGCUCCACUAUUACAUCAGCAGAAUGGUCUUAAUUGUUUUGUAAAGUGUGAGACAGAUUAAGUUUUCCCUGAUUUUUCAUGAACUUGAGUUUUUUGUCGUUAUUGUUAUUGUUGUUGUUGUUUUUUUAAUUUAGGUGAAGACAUAUUAAAUAUGAGACACCAGGACUUGAAAACUUAUCUCAACCCAUAGCUGUCUUACAAGUCUUAUAUUUUUGUCUUACUUUUUUUUUUUCUUUUGGAUGUUGAUAAAGGUUUAAGUUACUGUUUUAGAUGGGGUUAAACAUUCUCACUCAGGUAUGCUGUGCCGGCCUACAGGUUGUGAAUGUGUUUUUAUUCUGAAUUAUUUUAGGAUUUCAUAUUGUGAGGAUUUCCUAUUGUGAGACAGAGCAAGCCCACGGCGUGUGCAGCUGGGGUAGGGCAGAUCCGAACGGCCUCAGAAUUCCACGUGUCCACGUGUAGAGCUCAACUUUGAAUGUGCCAAACUUUCUCAUCACUUUUGAAUCUUAAUAUUUUGAAAGUCUUAAAGGAGACACUGCAAAGUCUUAGACAAUCUUUGACAUCUUAAAAUAAAAUAGCAAACCAUACUUUUUUUUUUCCAGAAAAUGGUAAAGUACUCAGGAAUCUGGAGACAAGAUAUUGUAAGGAACGAACAAGGUUGCCACAGUGCAUGUACCCAAUCCUGUUUGCCUCUUGACGUGCCAUCAGUGUGCGACAUGGUGUGGCGUUUGCACACCCGAGCGACCACCACAGCAGAUACCGACACGGUGGUCUUCCCUGCCUGAGACCACCUCUCACUACAUCCAUUGUCCCUUGGCCUUUAACCCUGACAUUCAGUCUUAACACAUUUUCUCUUAAAUAAUUUAUUCAUUCCAGAAUGUCAAGGGUCCACUUACUAUUUAUUUUAAAAAUUUGUUGGUGGCAUUAAUUUAAUAAUUCUUGUUUUUCACCGUCCUUCCCCAAAGAACUUUUUAGCCCUUUUCACCUCCUUCUCCUGAUAGAUACAGAAGAUGUACAUAGUGACUUCCUGUCCCCAGGGCAUCCGGAAGCAUUUCUGACACACGGUACUAUCCGACACCCAUCUCGUAGAUUUAGACACGAGUGUAUCUGGCUGUAGGGCUGUGCGUUGGGAUACAGGUGCAGAGUCUUACAGUUCAACAGCUAUGCCCCUGAGGUUUGCUGUGACCUUGAAUCUUUUGCCAGAAUUUCCCCGAGUCAGCUCAGCAGCAAGUGGUAGGAUCUGCCUCAGUGGCGUUUUCCCUGAGUGCCAAUCCGCAGCGAGGGUCAGCGGCGGUGACUUCCAGGCAGCUGAGCCCCGCAGCCAAGCCUAAAGCCCAAGGCUGCAGGCCUUGGAGGAGGCUGCAGUGACUCUGUCAUGGGCUGGCAUCUUUACACUAAGUUGCCUGUCCCAUCUGGCACAUUUGGGGAGUUCUUUGCGAAACCCUCACGAUGCCAGAAGCCGCAUGACAGCCCCAAAGGAAAGACAGAGGCAGAUAGUCAUGAUACAUCCAGAGAAUGACAGAAAAGCACAGGGAAGGAGAAGGAGGGGAAACACAUUCCCUAUAGGGGAUGUUCCUACUGUUAACGCUGGGAACUGAUCACUCCUGGGGCAGCAGGGGUCCGCUGCCUUGCCCUCUGUCUGUGGCCAUGCGGGGCCGCCUCUGUGGGAGCAAGAUUAACCACACUUGUCACACCAGGGUUUCGGGAGAUGAGCUGAGGGGCUGGGAGGCAGAGUGAGGUCUUAUUCCCCAUCCCCUCAUUACAGGGAGCUCGGCCAUGCCAUUUUAACCUUCCUGAGACCAGGACUGAUUGCCUUUCGGGGGAGGGGGCCUCACCCAGAGCGGCUCAGUGGGAGGAUGUCUGCGAAUGGGACAGUUCACGUCACAGGACAACCCAGAAUCUGAUCGCCAGGACAUAGGAACGGCCCCAUCAGAUUUCUUGAGCCAUUUUGUCACUUGGAAGAAAGUAGUGUACCUUUCUAUUUAUUUAAAGAGUGCUCAAGGCCAUACCUAAUAGCAGUAAAUAGGUCAGGCCGAGAUAGCGCCGGCUAGGUCCUUAGCUGGGAGUGCUCUCUAUAAGCUGAACAAGGUACUGAUAGGAAUGUUUUGUUCUCAUAUUGGUUGGGGAUUGGAACUUUGUUUUUGUACAUUUAUUUCAAAUGAGGAGGAGGUCAUUUUUCUAAAAAAAAAACAAAAAAAAGUAUUUAUUAUUGUCUUACUGAUUUCUUUUGAACAUAUACCUCUCCUCAGUUCAUUCUUGUGAUUUUUCUCAUCCUCUGCUACCUUUGCUUUGCCCUCUCUCUCUCCUUUUUUAUUUCGUUGCGUAGGUAGAGUGAUGUAUGGCUAGCAUUGUAAUGUAUGUAAUUAAUUUUGCACAAAGGCAAACAUUUAGAGAAGUAGGUUAAUUUUGUUUGUUUUAUGACCAUGCCAAAAUAAUAUUCUGGGCUGGUGGAGGAGAAAGGACUGUUCUAUAGGACUGAAACUUGAUUUCGCUUAUAGUAAAAAAAAAAAUAACAAAACAAAACAAAAAAAACAACAAAAAA